CCCAACUCAGAGACGCUGCUGUGCGGCGUUCUCACGAUGCGUUUUCUCGUUUCUCUUUCGUCUCUCGUUUUUCUGGCAACGUCUGUGACGUCUCUACCCUACCACGAGCCCCAAAGCUACAACUUGAACUCUCGCGCCAGCAGGUCUGGCAUCUUGUGCGAUGUCAACUUUCGUUCUGGUACUGAGUACGCCGAAUGCGGAAGUAAAGAAUUAGGAUACGACGCGACAGGCAACAAACUAGUCCCGUAUAACCCCAAACAAACCGGGGCCACCACGUUGCCGGGAAUGGAUUGCGACCACAAAAUCGAGCUCGAUCAAAUUUUCUCUCUUAUCAAAACUGCCGUAGCAGACGCAGGGCAGCCGCUCGAUGGCUGGUGUAAGGCGCAUAAAAAGCAGAUGGAAGCGUUUCGAAAGAUCGCAAACUCGUCUAAGAACCUGAUUAAGGUACCCAGGAAAGUGAACCAAGCCAAAAAAGCAUUCACGUACAAGGAAGGCACGGGUGAUUCGAUUGCUUUUGACGCCAAUAUCUACCGUGCCCUUGAUGGUUAUAUGGAGGAGUACGUCAACAAGGACAUAUCGGACAAGCUCAAAGAGCUCGGAGAAGGGCUUCGGACCUUGGAUCCAGCCGUCUUCACACAGGACGAGCUGGACAAGUGGGGUAAAACUGUGACGAGUACGGGUGUAAAAGUACAGGAGGCAGCUGCGAAGAAGGCGAAGAGCAAAUGCGGUCAACCGUCGAGACGUAGUCUUUUGGGUGGUAUAAUCGGCAAAUUCCUGGGCAAGAGGCAGGCGGGUUGCUCGAAAGACGGUGGCCGUGACUCUAGCAACGCUAACGGAGGCGACGGAGCAGGUCCUAUCAAGACACCAGUGCCCGUCCCUCCAGCACAAGCAGCUGCGGAGGCGCUAGCUUUCUGUGCCUUGCAGCCUGAGGUCUGUGCUGCAGUUGGCGGUCUCGCAGCUGUGCGUGCGCAAAUCCUUGCAGGCACUUUCAUUCCACCUCUAAAAGAUGGCGACUCGAGCAAGGGCGUUCUCACCUCGACUAAAGCGCAAAGUUCGCAGUCGAAGACGGGUUCAGGCCGCCAAACGGGCAGCAAGGCUUCCACUACCCACACUGCGUCAAGAUCCCACCAAACGUCGAGCAAGGCCAGAGCCGGCACAUCUACAAGCGCGAUGUCAAAAGCUCGUACGUCUACCUCCCACACCGGCGUGCGAAGCACCGAAAAGACAAGCACGUUGAGGUCGAGCACUGUUAGCCAUGCUUCAAAGACGCCUGGCACAAGAUCGGGCGUGAAGCCGACCAGUGCGACAACAGUCAAGUCGGCCAGUCUAGCCAAUAUCCCACAUUCGAGCAAGCAUUCCACCACCACCCUGUCGUCCUCCGCCUCUGUCAACCCGUACUCUGCCGCCGUCAGCAAUCUCCCUGAGCACACUGCAUCGAGCAGCUACUUUGCUUCAAUGUCCUCUGCGCAUGCUUCGCAAGCGUCGGCUGGGUCGAUAGCCUCCUUGCAGUCUAUUUCGGCCGCGUCCGCCGCAGCACUAAGUUCUUCACAAGCGCAAGCGUCGCUAUCCGCUGCUGCUAUCGAUUCUUCUGCACGUUCCUCUGCGAGUGCUUUGGAAGCGUCGCUAUCCGCUGCUGCUAUCGCUUCUUCUGCACAGACCAAGGAUCAGCCGCCCAAUACAACGCAGCCCGGCUACACCCCGAGUGGAUACCACUGCCGGUGGAUGUACACGAGUCUUUUUCACUCAUAUCAGGAAUGGGUCUGCAAGAGCGAUGACGACAUGCCUCAUGCGCCGGAGGGACACAUAACUCCAAUUAAGAAGAGGCUAAUGCUGCCCAGGGCAACAUCGACACCUUACGACGUUCAACCACUCACUUUCUCGAGCACCACCACUGAACUUUGAUUCACUCAGUGCCCUAAGUUCCAAACGACCUGAGAAUAUUGUUUUCGAGCUCCAUUAUUUUUCUCGACGGUAUCGUACUUUGCUUCUAUCGAGCUCCCUCACCUUUCUCGCCAAAGUGUGGCACUGAGUUUCCUAAAGUAUGUAGGUGUUAUCCCUAUCGUUACUUGUUCAGAUGAAUCAACCUCUCG